ACAAUUCAAUUGUAAUUCAUUAUCGUAAAUAUGGUCCUCAUGAAAAAUUUACUGUUACGGCAAAGAAAACAAAUUCUAUUACAGAUAGUGGAUAUAAUGAAAACGAUAAAAUCAAUAAGUAUAAUGAAAUAAGUGAAACAAGUAGACGUAACAAAAUAAUGGCUAGACAUAAUGAAAUAAUAGAUAAAUAUGAUGAGAUGGAUAGUGGAAUGGGUAGAUAUGACGAAAUAAUUGAUAGAUAUAAUAAAACAGAUGGUGGAAUGGGUAGAUAUAAUAAAAUAGAUAGUGGAACGAAUAAAAAUGAUGAAAUGGAUCUUGAAAUGGAUAAAUAUGACAAAAAUGAUGAAAUAAAUAGUAAAAUAGAGGAUAACAAAAUUGGUAAAAUGGGUAGAUAUGAUGAAAUAGAUAAUGAAACGAGUAGGCAAGAAAUAGACAAAUUUAAUUAUGGGAGUGGUUAUAACGAAACAAAUGAAUUUAAUAAUAAAAGUGAUUACAGCAAAAUAGAUGAUAAAAUUGGUAAAAUGGAAUAUGGAAAAAUAGAUAGACAUAAUGAAAUAAAUAAAAAUAAAGAUAAUAUAGAUGAAAAUAAAAAUAAUAAAAAUAAAAACAAUAAUAAUAUAUCACAAAAUAUAAGCAAAAAUUCAGAUUUUUUUGAUUAUUUUGAUUUAAUCGAUAUUGAUAAUUUAAAUCAAGUUGAUGAAAUAAUUGAUGAGACAGUUGAUGAAACUGUUGUUGAAAUAAUUAAUGAAACCGUUGAUGAAAUAAUUGAUGAGGCAGUUGAUGAAACAG